AUGCCCGGCGACAUCAUCCAGGGCCACAUCACCGACGGCGGCGCAGCACCCAACAUCAUUCAUGCCCAUGCCGCGGGUGUCUUUGUCGUGCGGGCCGAUUCGCGCGCGCGGCUGCGGGAAUUGCGGGCCAAAGUGGAUGCUUGUUUUGAGGCCGGGGCGAAGGCUACGGGGGCGAGGCUGGAGGUGACUGAGGUGCAGGCCUAUGCGGACCAUGUGCCGAACAGGGUUCUGGCCAGGAGCUAUACGGCGUACUGGAACGCACUGGUGCCGUGCCGGGAUGGUGAGGGGGACAAGGAUCCCUUUGAGCCGCCUACGAGCAAGAUCCCGUUGGAUCAGGACGUGGACGAGGCACGGGGCAGGACGAGGGCGAGUACAGACCAGGGAGAUGUGAGUUAUGAGAUGCCGAGUUUGCAGGCUGGGUUUUCCAUUGUACCUGGGCCCGAGGGUCAAGGACCUCAUAAUCCGGAGUUUGCGAGCGCGGCGGGGACAAGAGAUGCGUUUGAUAGGUGUUUAAGGGUUUCCAAGGCACUGGCUGGGACGGCCCUGGAUGUGCUUACGAGAGAGGGCCUGUUGCAACAAGUGAAAGAUGCUUGGAAGAAAGAUAUGGACAAAUUAGGGGAAAAGACUGAGUGAAUCUAGCCAGCGUCGAUUCAAACGUACGUUGUUUGUC